GAUAAUGACGGCAAGGUUUAUAGAGAUGAUAUCGGCGAUGGUGACAAUUUCAUAGAACGUACAGAAGAAAAUCAACCAACUACUCGUCGAUCGUGGGUCUCAAUAGCGGUACCAACCCUCGCGUACUGGAACAUUCUCGAUUUAACAGAAGAUACCCAAAUAAAAUCUUUAUUUUCAACGGAUGACUGGGAAGAAAUAAACGAAAGCUUCAAAAAAGACGUGAAGUUAGAUGAAUCAGAUAUACCGAAUGUUGUUGAAUAUUUUUUCGAUGAAGUAGAAAAGAUAACCAAAAAAGAUGAUGAAUAUAUCAUCAAUGCGAUUGAUGAUUUGACUCCGGAGAUGAUAGAAAAAAAUAGAAAAGUCAAAUUCAGUGAUGAGGAAAAGGAGAUCUUUAAUGGAUUAAGACGUGCCGUUAUUACCUAUGCCGAAAAUUUGAAGGAUCUUGAAGUUCCCAUGUCAGAAGCUGACUUUGACAAUUCAUUUCCAAAUAUGUUAACAAAAAGAUUUUUAAACAAACGUGAUCUCAAAAUGGACGUCGGGGAAAUUGCUUGUUGGGCUUCUGCCCGUCGAAGAAACGAAGGACGCUCAAUAGUCCUCCGAGCACGCAUAGGCCAAAAGUGCGAUUUUCGGGGUACUUUGAAAAAUAGCAUUAAUAACCUUGAAGCCAUUAUUGGCCUUAGAAGCGCUGAUCUUUCCGUAGCAAUGCGCGAUGUUCUUUAUAAUUUUUUCAAAACAAAUCCUAAUGCAUCUGGAAAUGAUCUUCAUAGUACAUAUGUUCUUGGAAUUCAAUCAUGGGGGUGGAUCCACGAAACUUAUGGCAUGGACUGUAAGGCUACAAAUGUAGAACGCUUAGGAAGACUUUCUCAGAAAAAGAUGCCCAAUACUUUAAAAACGCUUGCAAUUCUUGAAGGCUUUUAUGCUACUAUGUCGGACAUCAAGUCCACGUUGAAAAUAAUUUGUGAUCACACAAAUGGUGUCUCGCUUUCCGACUCACGUUUACAUAGGGAACGCAAAAGGAAAAUUCCAGUUUACAGCGAGCAAUCCGGAUUGUUCGGUACACCUUCAUCAAGUCCAAUAAAGAAAGGUAAACGUGAAAAUUAUCAUAAUAUUGAAAAGCAAAAUCGAAAAGUUACUAAUGAUUUAAAAUCUUCGGAAUAUUCCACUCCAUUACCUAACAAGAGUUGCUCAAAUGGUGAAAAUGCGCAGAUUAAAGAUUCUUCAACUCACCACGAAGCGGAUCAAUCCAUGACUAGCACUGACUUA